AUGGACCCCGAGAGAGGUUUCCUCGCACAGCUGCGGAAGAAGUGCGAGGGCGCCGUGCACGCUCGGGUGGGCGCGGGCCUGGAGAGGCAGCUCGCCGGCCGGAGGGAGGCGGCGGGGCGGGGCGAGUCGCGGCCAGCGGGCCGCGCCUCAAGCGGCGGCCACGCCGAGGAGCGCGAGGGCGCGGGCGCGCCCGCCGAGGAAAACGAGGAGCGCGAGGCCGCCGUCCGCUGGGGGCCCGACCCCGCGGGGAGCGAGGAGCUCCAGUCCCAGGAGGUCGGGAGGCUCACCACGCAGAUCCGCGCGGCGGUCCGGCUCGGCGACGUGGCAGAGGCCGAGUCGCUCAUGAGCGAGAUGCAGGACAUGGGCACCAGGCCGGGCCACCUCCGCAGGGCGUGCUGGGCCGUCGCCUACGGUGAGCUCAUCAGCGGCUUCGUCCGCAUCGGCAACACAGAAAAGGCCGCGCAGUGGCUCGCCGCCUUCGCGGGCGCGGCGCCGCUGGUCCGCCCGAGCACGGCCUGCGUCAACUCGGUGAUCGGCGCGCUCGCCGCGGCAGGAGCCAGAGACGAAGCGGAGGCGUGGGUGGCCAGGAUGCCACUGAUCGGCGUCCGAGUUGACGAGGAGACCUUCUCAGUCCUCAUCGGCGCGUGCGCCCGCGAGGGCGACGCCGAGCGCGCGAUCCACUGGCUCAAGGAGAUGCGCAGGUCCAACCUGAAGCCGGGCGCCGAACUCCACAAGCUGGUGCUGCAGUCCAGCGGCGACGGGGAGGCCGGCAGCCCCGCGGCCCCGGCGCAGGCGCCCCAGGCCACCCCCGCGGCCGAGCUGUCCUGGCGCCAGCAGCCCGCCGCGCCGGCGGCAGCGGAGGACAGCGGCAAGCCUGCGGACGCAGACCCGAACUGGCGCGCCGCGCCGAGGGCGUGCGAGGAGGCCAAGGCGGGGCCGACGCCCGAGGCCGCGGGCGCGGACCCGAACUGGCGCGCCGCGCCCAAGGCCUGCGAGGAGGCCAAGUCUGCGAUGCCCUGCUGCAGCAGAGCGGAGGAGGCACUGAACGAGCGCUGCGGCAAGCACCGCAGGGCGCAGAGCGGUUACCGCAGCGCGUGGGCGAGCCUGGAGGGCACUUGGUCGGGCGAGCACGGCGAGACCUACGAGGUGUGGCUGCAAGGUACUGAAUGGCGAUGCAACCAGUGGAACAACAAAGGCAUCACCACGAGCUUCGCUAUAGUACAUGACCAGGCGGCGGACACCUACUGGUGGGGCGACGACUGGGAGUGUUUCCUCGAGGAGCACUCGGAUCGGCUGGUGUGGUGCGACGCAAAGGACUGGCAGAGGUGCGCGUUCGCUGACCCACGGGCGCUCUGAAGAGUGGAAGAUGCGUGAGGGGGAGAGGACUGCGCAGAGAGGGGAGAGGCGUCGUACAGAGAUUCAAUUGGAUCCUGGCACCUCUUUGGUCGGAAGAAUGGGCAUUUCCACCGUCCACCAUCUGGAGGGGGCAAUGUGGAGAUGAAUUGUAGUGGCAUGUGCCUUUUUGGAAGUUUACGCGGGGCAUCUUGUACGUCUUCAUCUAUCAAUUGAGCAAAAGUUGACAUCCCCAGGUGGUAGUGGUGGAUCGUUUUUGUUCUGUUUGUUUCGGGUGUUGUUGUAUGUGGAACCUCCGCCAAGAAUUGAUUUCCUCUGGAGUCCAGCGGGCAAGCGUCCCACGCGGAUUCAGGCGGGACAUCGCGAGGUUGUAUGCUACUAAAUGUGUACACCUCUCCACCUUCAGAGCCCCCCUCGGGAGGUCCGGCGAAACGGGAUUCCACACGCACCCGGGCAGGAUUUCGUGCGGCUGCAUGAUUCCAGAGUCAAUAAUUUCUUUAUGUUUUUGGGGGGGCCGCUCGUGAGUACGGCGGCGUGGGCACCGAGCUUCGGUGCUGCUCUGCCCCCCCCCCCCUCGGCGUUCCCACGUAACAUCUGCGCUCUGGCGGGCUGGACGGCUGGCUGCGUUCUGUAGUGCAUUCGCUGAUUGGUCUGAGUGAUUGCGGGCGCGAGAGAGAGAGAGGGAGAGAGGGAGAGGGAGAGACGGAGAGAGAGAGAGGGAAAGACGGAGAAUAUGGUGGAGGCACCCUCCCACUGUGUGGUGGAAGAAGCAUGAAGCCGAGGACCAGGCGCAGCGCGAUGAUGCUGAGUCGCUACCUUUGCUAAUGCGAGCGAGCUUCAUGAUUGCAGCAGGAAGUUGCAUGACUGCUACGCUACAUAGCUUCAUGAUUGCAGCAGGAAGUUGCGAGUUGCAUGAUUGCGCGCUACGUACAUAAUGUCCGAUGUCAUCAUUGCUCGCAUCGGGCCAGUUGUUCCUUCGUUUGACUGUACGUUCUCGCGUCAUCAACGUCACGCUUUGAUUUAUCCUCUUCGAUAUUUGAAGUCUUGCGGCCCUCGCGCCCUCUUCUUCCUCAUCCC